AUGUCCGAAAAGCUCCAAGUGGCGGUUGCAGGCAUCGGACGCAUGGGCAUGCGCCAUGCCCGCCACUUCGCAACUCUUACUCCCCGCGCCGAGCUCAUCGCCGUCUGUUCCCCCGUCCAGGCCGAACUAAACGCCGCAGCAAAGGAGUUCCCCGGCGUCCGCACCUACACCGACUAUGACCUGAUGCUUGCCGAAGAGGAAACCCUGCAAGCCGUUGUCGUCGCUAGCGCCACAACCGUGCACGCCGAACAAGCCAUCAAAGCAAUCGAGCUAGGCCUGCACGUCCUCUGUGAAAAGCCCAUCAGCACGAGUCCCGAGAUCUCCCAAUCUGUCGUCAAUGCCUACAAAACCUCUCUAGAGUCCCACCCGCUCCAGAAAGUUAUCUGUGGGUUCUCGAGAAGGUUCGACGCAAGCUACCGCGACGCGCACAACCGCAUGGUAACCGGCAGCAUCGGAACGCCCUCCGUCUUCCGCUCACAGACCUGCGACAAGCUCGAUCCUAGCGGCUUCUUCGUCGCGUACGCGGAGUUCUCGGGCGGGAUAUUCGUGGAUUGCUCGAUUCACGAUAUCGAUUUGGCGCUAUGGUUCUUUGGCGAAGAUAGUAAGAUAAAGAGUGUCACGGCUGUUGGGAUUACAGCUGUGCAGCCUGAUUUGAGGAAGCACAAUGAUCGGGACAAUGCGUUGGGGAUUAUUGAGUUUUAUGGCGGAAAAAUUGCCCAACUCUACUGCUCACGCAUGAUGGCAGCAGGCCAAGAAGAUUGCACUGAGAUCUUUGGAACGGAGGGCAAGAUCGCAAUUAACACACAGCCGCAACUGAAUCUGGUCAAUCUGUACGAGCCAAGUGGUAUCAGACGUGAGAUCCCGGCGGAUUACUAUGGGCGGUUCAGAGAGGCCUUUAUUACAGAGGCGAAUGAGUUUACGGCUUGUUGUUUGGAUAACACGCCGGCGCCUUUGCAGCUGGAGUCGGCGGUCAAGGCUGUUGCUAUUGGGUGUGCAUUGCAGGAGUCGUUGAUUACUGGAAAGAAGAUUGAGUUUGAUGAGAGUGGAAGACGGGUUGAGGGGUCCAAGUUGUGA